UUUCUUUUGUUUUCUUUUGUUUGUUAAGUUUUAUUUAUAUGAGUACAUUGUAGCUGUCUUCUGACCAGAAGACAGAAGAGGGCAUGGGAUCCCAUCACAGGUGUUCUUUUUUCAAACUCCAGCCCCCACCGUGUAGCCUGGCUGACUAGAACUCACUAUGUAGACCAGGCCGGCCUUGUCUCUGCUUCCUGAGUGCUGGGAUGAAAGGUAUGAGCCAUUAUGCCAGGCUGUAGUUAGGUUUAUUAGUGGAAUGAACAACAUAGCAGGGCAAAGUGGUGCAAGCCUUUAAUCUCAGCACACCAGAGGUAGAGACAGGUAUAUCUCUGUUAGUUGGAGGCUAACCUGGGCUACAUAGUGAAUUCCAGGAUAGCCAAAGCCACAUAAUAAGACCUGUCUUAAACAAAAGACUAGAACAUUCUCCUCUCUCAUCUCCUAGAGUUCAAAUCUUCCAAGAUGUUCAGAUUCCAGGAGCAAGAGAGAUGGCCUAGGGGAUCAAAGCCCUGACUGCUCUUCCAAAGGACCUGGGUUUGAUUCCCAGCACCCAUAUGGCAGCUCCCAGCUCUCUGAACGUCCAGUUCCAGGGGACGCGACGACACCUUCUUCUGAGCACUGCAUGCACCUGUUAUGGAGUCAUACACUCGGGCAUGACACCCUAUAGACAUAGUAAAAUUAAGAAUGCAGACCUCGCUGUUUCUUGUGAGACUAUGCCGGGGCCUAGCAAACACAGAAGUGGAUGCUCACAGUCAGCUAUUGGAUGGGUCACAGGGCCCCCAAUGGAGGAGCUAGAGAAAGUACCCAAGGAGCUAAAGGGAACUGCAACCCUAUAGGUGGAACAACAAUAUGAACUAACCAGUACCCUGGAGCUCUUGUCUCUAGCUGCAUAUGUAUCAAAAGAUGGCCUAGUCAGCCAUCACUGGAAAGAGAGGCCCUUUGGACUUGCAAACUUUAUAUGCCCCAGUACAGGGAAAUGCCAGGACCAAAAAGAGGGAGUGGGUGGGUAGGGGAUUGGGGGGGUGGGUAUGGGGGACUUUUGGGAUAGCAUUGGAAAUGUAAACGAGAAAAAUACCUAAUAAAAAAGAAAGAAAGAAAAAAAAAGAAUGCAGACCUCAGCAGUGGAAACAUGGCCCUUGUUGGUAAGACCACCCAUUGCUCUGUGCUCAACCUUACACUGAAGUGGGCUUAUUUGGCAUUUGGGGACAGUUAAAGCUUCCUUCCGCUCAUUUGCUGGGUUUUCAGCACUAGUAAGAAGUACCCCCAAAGGAACGGGAUCUUAGAGGUGAAAGGUCAACAGAGAGACCAAGAUAUAUGAAGCCAGGGAUUGCACGGGCAGGCAGUAAAUGACAUAGCACAGCAAGGCAAGGGGGAGGAGGGGUCUGUGCUGUGCAGAAGGGUCUCAGAGGCCUAGCAUGACUCAACUUGCAAUUUUCUCCUUACAUCCUAUCUCUGAGGCAUAAUGAAGUCAUGUUCCCUCAUAUACACAUCAACACUGCCUCACUGCCCUGGUCUCUGGUGCAAUCCACCACAGUAGGACCAGAUUUCUGUAAGAACCUCUCCCUUACCUUGGCCUGCCCACAGCCUCCUGGGUUGUUCUGACACAGUAGUUCUCAGUUUAGGCUGUACAAUAAAAACUAGAAUUCUAAGAAUCCCUAGUCUGCACCCCAAGCACUAAUAUACAAUUGAUAGGAAGUUAAGACCCAGGCACAAGUGAUGGGCUAGUUUCGGCUUUGUUUCUUUAAUAUCUCCCCUAGUGACCCAGGUCACUCCCAAGCUGACCUGGAACUCGCGAUCCUCCACACCUGCCCAGAUACUAUGCUAUCUUCUUUUGAGGAAAGGAGUCUUUUGAGAGAGUCUCCCUAUUGUAGCCCUGACUUGGUCUGGAACUAUGUAAAACAGACUGGCCUCAUACUUGUGACUCUCCUCUUGCCUCUCCUUUCCCAAACGCUGGGAUUGCAUGUUUUGCCUCCAUACUGGGGAAUGGAGGGCCUGUUCUGUUCAAGUGUCUUUCCCUGAGCCUUACCUCAUGCACAUUCAUUACUGUUACCUUUUGAAAGUCUGUCACGCGUGUAAUGGGCGUGCCUGAACUGAGAGGUGACUGAGUGGGUCAACGCUGUGACAGGGGGAGAACACAGCGAGGUCGCCCUGAGAAGAACACCGAGCCAAGUCUGGGAGGCAAGGAAUGAGUGUGAAUGGUGUUCCGCUGCGUCAGCGAGGCCCGCCCCGCCCUUGGGAGGAGGAUCCCGGGGACCGGAGCAGCCACGCGGUGGGGAGGCAGAGCAGCAACCCGCGGAAAAGGCGAGGGUCUUGCUGCUGGGGAUAGGGCCGCAAUCACCCUCCAACAGGCCAGGUCUCCAAGCCUCUGCAGUCGGAGCGGAAGGGGCGGAACCACGGUGAACAAAGCGCACAAGGUCCAAGUCUUAGGUGCCGCCCUAGAGACCCUGGGCCCGUACUGGGCGCAGCUACCUCUUCGCCUCUGCCUGUCCGUCUUUGUUUCUGUGUCUGUCUAGCUGUUCCCGAGCUUGUCCCACUCCAGAACUAAGUCUCCCCUACGCCAAAAGCCCAAGACUCCCCUCCUGAUUCCCAUGGCAGGCUACUUGCCCCCCAAAGGCUAUGCCCCUUCACCCCCACCUCCCUACCCCGUGCCAUCUGGGUAUCCAGAGCCGGUGGCUCUGCAUCCUGGACCGGGACAAGCUCCAGUGCCCACCCAGGUGCCUGCCCCUGCUCCCGGCUUCGCUCUCUUCCCCUCGCCAGGCCCAGUGGCUCCAGGGCCUCCUGCUCCUUUCGUGCCAUUGCCAGGGGUGCCUCCUGGCCUCGAAUUCCUAGUGCAGAUUGAUCAAAUCUUGAUUCAUCAGAAGGCUGAACGAGUGGAAACGUUCCUAGGCUGGGAGACCUGUAAUAUGUAUGAACUUCGCUCCGGAACCGGACAGCAACUGGGUCAGGCAGCUGAAGAGAGCAACUGUUGUGCCCGCCUGUGCUGUGGUGCCCGCCGACCAUUUCGAAUCCGCCUAGCGGACCCUGGGGACCGCGAGGUGCUCCGGCUCCUCCGCCCACUUCAUUGUGGCUGCAGCUGCUGCCCCUGUGGUCUUCAGGAGAUGGAAGUCCAGGCUCCACCUGGCACCACCAUUGGCCAUGUGCUACAGACCUGGCAUCCCUUCCUUCCUAAGUUUUCCAUCCUGGAUGCUGAUCGCCAACCUGUUCUACGAGUUGUAGGGCCUUGCUGGACUUGUGGCUGUGGUACAGACACCAACUUUGAGGUGAAGACUAAGGAUGAAUCGCGAAGUGUGGGCCGCAUCAGCAAGCAGUGGGGAGGGCUGCUCCGAGAAGCCCUCACAGAUGCCGAUGACUUUGGCCUCCAAUUCCCAGUCGAUCUAGAUGUGAAAGUGAAGGCCGUACUGCUGGGAGCCACGUUCCUCAUCGAUUAUAUGUUCUUCGAGAAGAGAGGAGGCGCAGGACCCUCUGCCAUCACCAGUUAGAAGCCACCUCAGGAUGAGGAGACCCAUCUCCUUGACCAGAAUUUAAGAUGGUCAGCUGCCCUGGACGUUCCCUCCUGAAGCAACCCUUUCCUUGAUAUACACUGCGGCGGACCGACGAGGGUGGCCGAGUGGUUGGGAGCCGUUGUGUCCCAUCCCUUCCCUGCUUCUCCUGUGGCCCUGCAGAAGAGCAUGUAUGAGACCUGUUCCUCCUUCUGUUCACCAUCUCCAGGCAGUGCCUGUGCACACAUUAGCUUUUAAACUUCCUUGCACACUCCUUCCAGCCUUCCUCUGGGGCCUCUGCAUAGGCAGGGGCAUCUGGAAUCCUGGACUCAAGUUUUACCCCAGGGCUUGUGGGUAAAAGGCAAGCAGUACCAAAGAUGGCAGACACCACCCUUCCCUUAUGGCACUUUAGCCAAUUAGUUUAGCUUCCGAUUGUGGCACUCUGAGGGGAUCCUUGCCUCCUCACUAAUAGCUGUAGCGGUUGGGCCCCAGUGCCAACUCCCUAAGCCCCUGGGCCCUGCGGGUGCUUUCUGCAGCUUCCUGUGCCUUAUUUAACCGUUAACCCCUUCCUUCCCCUACUGUAGGAAGGAGGCUGUGUCUUUGUAUGUUGUACUCAUAUAAACUUUGAAACUUUUUAAACAGUA